AUGUUCAAAAAUAUUUGCUUCAUUCCCAUACAACUCGCUAGGCUGCGUCAGUGUGCAGCAGCAGAACGUGCAGCAGCUGCCCUGGACGACGAUGGAGCCACCGGGGGGGGGGCCACGGGGGCUCCUGUCAACGGGGCCACCUCGGGGGGCAGGGGGUCCCGAGCCCAGAGGGGCCUUACCGGUGGGGAUGCCUCCGCCCUGCAGGAUCGAAAGCUGCCGCGAAAUGCUGCUGCUGUAAUCGCUUUAGAAGAAUUGGCCGCAAAAGAAGGAUUGUCCCUGUAUAGUCUUAAGGAGACUACAGCUACAAAAGGGAGACACUUUGGCCUAGGGUUUAGAGGAAGACAAGAUGCACAACCAAAGAAGAAACAGAAAGGGGGGCCCCCCUACCGCGCCCUCCCAACCCCUUCGCAAGAACCCGAUGCUGCUGUUGAUAGCGACAGCAACAACAACAGUUAUACUCAGCAGCAGCAGCACCAGAAGCUAGCUAGCGGUGGAGAGAAAACGGGUUUCAAGGGGUUUUCUCGCUGGAAGCGGCAGACCAACAAAUCUUUAGAGGCAGCAAACAGCCCGGAAGAGAGUCUUAUUGACUACGAGGCCAGUUUGGCUCGGCUUGUGGAGGUGUGCGAGGGGAGCAGUGAGGCAACGCGAAGGCUUCCGGUCGCGGGGUUUGCUGCUCGCAGAGUUCUCCAGAGGCUGCUGUAUGCAUUUCGGCAACUAGGGUCUCGACAUGGAGCAGCCAUGCUGUUGGGUCGGGGCUUUCCCGUGUCUUUUGGGGGUAGCACAAAGCUGAGUCUCCCCUUUAUGAUGCACUUAACCUGUCAGCUCGCUCUUGUAGCCACAGUCUUCUACUUUUACGAGGUAACAAUAUAUGCGUGGAUGCAGCCCCUUGCAUGCAGUGGCAUUCAUGGUGGUGCAUGCAUGCUUGGGGCAUUGGCAAGAUUUUCCAGUUGGCUUAUUUUCGUUAAGGUCGCUGAUAGCCGGCGACUUCUCCUGGACGUUGAUGGCGCUGGAGGGCUACGAUUGACUGAAGUAUUGGUUGGUUUUGGGUCUUUCUUUGAUGGAGCGUUGUUGGGUUUGCUUGUCUCCCUCUACCCAUUUAUUUCUGUGCUUCUUGGGAGACAAUCCAUUACAUAUGUCGUCCCGCCCAUGUACACGAACCCAAAAACUGCAGAACAAAGCGCCCCUUCACAUCGACAACCCGAAAUAGAUUUCUCCCAGAUGGGGGAGGCGCCUCGUGGUGACGAGAGAGAAACGGUGUCCACGGCGUCGCUGAUGCUUUUCACUUCUUGCCGUUCGAUGGUCGUUCCACUGUCUGUCCACCAGCUUUUAGUCGGGCCCAACCUCAUUAAAGCAGUCAGAAUGAACGAUGGCUUGUUGCGUUCUCACUGGAGAAGCGUGUUGGUUUCUCUCUUGCUUCGUAUUUGGUGCUGCUGCCUCUAUUUCUCCUUCCCUGGCUCUGUUCUGCACCCCGGAGCUGAGCGCUUGUUGGGGCUUCCUUGGUACGGAGUUUGUUCUCUUGCAACUUUUGUUUUCUGCGGGGAUAUCCUUCUGUCCUUGUUCUACUUGGCGACCUCCCAGCUGGUGCGGCUGCUAGCCAUUAGGCAGAUGGAAAACAAAGCCAUCUUCAGGGACCUAGCAGCAAUCGCCUUCAAGAUUAAAGAGGAGCGCCUACGUGCUUGUUUGGGGAUGGCUGGGGGCGUGGGUUUGGACCCGCAGCAGCUGGGGCUAGAAGUUCAUGCGGUGUGGCGGCGAUUCAGUCGCCACUGUUUCUUUACUUAUCCUGGAGAACUUCUUCCUCCUUUCUUUUGA